GGCCGUAUAUAUAAAGUGCAGAGUCGCUGCGGCCAAAACCCUAACCCUUUGCUUCUUCAGAGUAGAAGCCGCCUUCUCUCCUCAGCUCCAGAGCUUCAGGCCAGACAAAGGGACCAUGGCGUAUGCAGCAAUGAAACCAACAAAGCCUGGGUUGGAGGAACCCCAGGAGGCUAUUCAUAAGAUCAGGAUCACCUUGUCCUCCAAGAAUGUCAAGAACCUUGAGAAAGUGUGCGCUGAUUUGGUUCGUGGUGCCAAGGACAAGAGGUUGAGGGUCAAGGGACCUGUGAGAAUGCCCACCAAGGUUCUUCACAUCACUACCAGGAAAUCUCCCUGUGGUGAAGGAACCAACACUUGGGACAGAUUUGAGCUUCGUGUUCACAAGCGAGUGAUUGAUCUCUUCAGCUCUCCAGAUGUAGUUAAGCAGAUCACCUCCAUCACAAUUGAACCCGGUGUGGAGGUUGAGGUUACUAUUGCAGAUUCUUAAAUGCACUGGGCGUUUCCUUUAGCUUUCCUAUGUAGUCUGUUUAAUUAGAACAUUCCUUCCUUGCAGCCAUCUAGGCUUGUGGAAUCUAUAUCCUGGGCCUCUAGGGUUCAAGAAGGUUUUAGGCUCAUGUGGUUCUUGUUUAAGCGUUAUAAUUUCAAAUUUAAGAGUUUGGUAUGAGGAGAGGGAUUCUUGUUUUCUGUUUACGAAGUCAAUUUUGGGUGCUAUUAAUAUUUUUUGCAAACCUACCUCAGAAUGGAAAUACUUCUUAUUUA